UCAGAGUUAAGCUAAACCACGUAGCAACACACAGUGUUAGCAAAGUGUUUUCCGAAGUGUUGUUUUUCUUCUUAUCGUUAUUUAUUUAUUAUCAGACAGGUUGGGUUGCUGCAUUUCACCAUGGAGGUUUUUAAAAAGUUUCGCUUUCUCCGCGGUUUGUUCUGGAAAGUUUUCGUGACUUCGCUGGAAAGUUGAGCAGCAGGAACAGUUAGCUUAGCAUCCCAAACACAAAACCUCCCAUCAGCCUCGGAGGACGGUACAAGUUUUACUCUCAGGUUCCUCUUAAAAACAACUUCAAAAUGUCCAUCCUAGGAUUAAAGAAGAAACAGCCCAAGACUUUUAAAGUUAAAGUUAUAACUAUGGAUGCUGAGAUGGAGUUUAGCUGUGAGGUAAAGUGGAAGGGUAAAGAUCUCUUCGACCUGGUGUGUCGCACUGUGGGAUUGAGGGAAACCUGGUUUUUUGGACUGAGAUACACAGUAAAAGACACCUAUGCCUGGCUGAAACCAGAGAAACGGGUUUUGGACCAGGAGGUUCCGAAAGACUCUCCCAUCACGUUUCAUUUUCUGGCUAAAUUCUUCCCAGAAAAAGUAGAAGAGGAGCUAGUUCAAGAGAUUACUCAACACCUCUUCUUUUUGCAGGUUAAAAAACAGAUAUUAGAUGAGGAGAUAUUCUGUUCCCCCGAAGCCUCCGUUCUGUUGGCAUCUUAUGCUGUUCAAGCCAAGUAUGGAGACUAUGAUCCAAACUUUCACAAGCCGGGCUUCCUGGCACAAGACGAGCUGUUGCCUAAAAGAGUUCUGAUGCAGUACCAAAUGACAGCUGACAUGUGGGAGGAGAAGAUCACAGCUUGGUACGCCGAGCACAGAGGCAUCGCCAGGGAUGAAGCUGAAAUGGAAUACCUAAAGAUCGCACAAGACCUUGAGAUGUACGGCGUCAGCUACUUUUCCAUUACCCAAAAUAAAAGGGAUACAGAGCUGCUACUUGGAGUGGAUGCUCAGGGUCUUCACAUCUACAGCCCCAACAGCAAACUCAACCCCAACAAGUCCUUCCCCUGGAGCGGCAUCCGCAACAUCUCCUACAGCGAAAAAGAGUUCACCAUCAAACCUCUGGACAAGAAAAAGGAUGUUUUCAAGUUCUACUCGUCUCAGCUGCGCGUCAACAAGCUGAUCCUGCAGCUGUGCAUCGGUAACCACGAUCUCUUCAUGAGGAGGAGGAAGGUGGACUCUAUCGAGGUGCAGCAGAUGAAGGCUCAAGCCAAGGAGGAGAAGGCCCGCAAGAAGAUGGAACGGCAAAUCUUGGCGCGAGAAAAGCAGAUGAGGGAGGAAGCCGAGCGAGCGAAAGAGGAGAUGGAGCGGCGACUCUUCCAGCUGCAGGACGAGGCGCGACUGGCCAACGAGGCCUUGAUUCGGUCUGAAGAGACUGCAGACCUGCUGGCGGAGAAGGCCCAGAUCGCCGAGGAGGAGGCCAAGCUGCUGGCCCACAAGGCCGCUGAGGCCGAGCAGGAGAGGCAGAGGUUAGAGGUCACGGCCAUGAAGACCAAGGAGGAGAAGAGACUCAUGGAGCAGAAGAUGAGGGAGGCCGAGCAGCUGGCCGUCAAACUGGUGGAGCAGUCGGAGCGCAGGUUGAAGGAAGCAGACCACCUGAAGCAGGACCUGACAGAAGCAAAGGACGCCGAGCGGCGAGCCAAGCAGAAGCUGCUGGAGAUCACCAAGACCACGUACCCUCUCAUAGCAGCAUACUCUCCCCCUCCUGCUCCUCCUGAAGCCGCUGACUUUGGCUACGAGCCCCCCCGCCUGGACUUCAAGGACUCCGACAUGAAACGGCUGUCCAUGGAAAUCGAGCGCGAGCGGCUGGAGUACAUGGAGAAGAGCAAACACCUGCAGGACCAGCUGAAGGAGCUGAAGUCCGAGAUCGAGUCCCUGAAGCUGGAGGAGCAGCAGCAGCAGGCCGGCCUGUACAGCCUGCAGGGCGAGGCCAGGGGGUACGUCCCGGAGCCCGUCUACAUACCUCACAGCAACCGAAACUCUGCCUACAUGUCUCAGAUGACCUUCUUCGAGGAAGUGUGAGCUUCGUCCUGCGCGGCGGGGAAGGAGACGCCUCUCGCCGCUGUGGCUCAGUGCUUCCUCCACUGGCUCAGUCAGCUGAAACACAACUCAACACAGAACGACUCGCACACACACACACGCACACACCACGAGCGUGUGCUCCCCGGCAGACGCUGCCACGCUAGGCUGUGCCACCUGCUACACUGCAGCACCUUCAGAUGUGUGACGUAGAUUACCUGCAACACUACUUCAGGAUGAAAGUUUUUUUUUUAUUCGGUGAAGUGUUUGUGGUUUUAAGGGACGCUCAGAAAUCCGCUUGCCUUAACGAACACUCCAGUGCCUUAAAGCUCUUCGGGAUGUUGAAGCUCAGGACCGGCUUCAGAUCAAGUUCCCGCCUGGCGCGUGCUUUUCUUCUUCUUCUUCUUCUUCUUCUUCUUCUUCUUCUGGGGUGAACUUUGUAAAUAUGGAUGUUUUGGUCUCUGUGUUUCAAACUCGCAUCCCGGUCUCUCAUCGAGGGCGUGAAACAAACCUGGGUUUGAGAUUCCCCGAGCUGCCGUGGAAUGCAGCUUGGAGCACUAAACUUGUGGACAUUUGAGGUGAACAGUGGGAGUGUUGUGAUCCGUGAGAGUGUUUGCUGAUGCUUGUGGGCCGUCCGUGUGUGCAGCGACGACACCCGACACUCCACCGUGUUAAUCUCAGUAUUUGAUCUUUGCUUUGGUCCUUUAUUUGUAUCCUGCCUUCACUGAUAACGGCACACAGGUGCCUUUAUUAUUAGUCGUGCCUGAUCACGAGGAGGUUAAUACAGUUUGAAGCUUGUGCUCUGCCAUUUCAAGUUUUUAUAUUUUCUACAGCUGCUGUGCCUCUAACUUUGUUCUUUUUCCUUUUUUUUUUGUUUUUUUUUUGUUUUUGUUGCUGUUUUGAUUUCUUUCAUCUUGAGGUUACAUUCGGCGUCAUCCUGCUCACGUGCCUUAGAAUUAUUUGAACUUUGGAGUUGAUGUGUUCCCCUCAUUAAUUGACGAAACUGCAAUAGAUUGAGGGCUUUCUUUUCAGAUCAGAGCACUUCUCAGGGUUUUUGUCAGUGACAAUCACUGCAGGUAGUCUUUGUUUUUUAGUUUCCCCGUGCGUCUGUUGUUUCAUCUUUAAUGGCUCUAACAGCGAUUCAUUAAGGGAAAAAGGGAGGGAGCGGCUGGUUGUCAGAUCCACUGACGGAAACGCGGCCUGUGGGACUGGCUGAAUCACCAACACUCAUAAAUAAAACAAUAGACCAUCAUUCAGGAACACUAACCUUACUGAAAAAUUCCUAUCCGCUUCACUUUGCUCAUUUAACCUUAUUUAUUUGUGCUAAAACAAAAAACAAACCCUCCACUAACAUCACCAUCGUCUUUUUCCAGAGGUCUACGGCUGUGGGAGGAAACCGGUUAUGUAAUUUCGAGUUUGUUCGUCCGUUGUGCGACGGGACUUUCCUGCCAGAUUCAAUUGCAGUGUUAAAAAAAGAGCCUCGCAUCUGAAAACAGUAGGAGGUUGUGUUUACUUUGAAGAGACUAAAAUGCUACGAUUCCACAGCAGGCCUCCGUCUAUGACUUUGUAACCUCAUGUUAUCAUGUGUGUAUCAUUUCAUUACAAAAGUGACAAUAC